AUGUCCAGCAAAAAGCUUCCACCUAAGAAUGAUCCCGCACGUACCUCUGCUGAACAAGAUGCGUUAAAAACUGCUGAAAAGGCAUCUCAAUUUGCCGGAGCGGAAGGAAAAAUUCCGACAACUGAGCAAAUCACAACGACCAUUGAAUCAAUUCAAGAUUCUGAUGCGAUGCAUUCAACUGCUCGUGGAAUGUCACCUUUAGGCAAAAAAGUGUUUGCUGAUGCCGAAAAAUUUUUGGAAACUACAAAAACUCUUUUGGUCGAGAAGAAUGCUAAUGAUGAAUUACAGAAUACUGUAUAUUAUGGUGCUAAAGCAGCAAGGGAAAUAAAAGAUACUACUUCAUCGAUUCCAGAAGAUUUGAAGCGAAGAGUAGAUGAACAUCUUGCUUCAGCAGAACCAUCGGUGAAAGCAAUUUGGCAAAAGACCUUAUUGAUCCCUCAGCUGUUAAUUUCAAGUCCAGAAUUUCGAAGAUUGGUGAAUGAUAUUAAUCAUAUCAUUAAAGAAGCUUUAUCAGUUUAUAUUCCUGAUGUCGCACAGCACAGUCGCCAAAGUGUAUAUCCUGUGGCUAAGGCUGGAGCAGAAAUCGUCGGUCCGCAUAUAAAAGAUUUUGGUGAAGGUAGAAAAUCUUUAAAAGAAGCUGCCGGUGAUGGAAUGAAGACACUUGCAACCUCUGUUAAAGACAGAGUGACUAGCUACAAAUUAUCGCCCGAGAAACGUGAUCGUAUUAUCAACCGAUUUAGGACUCUCAUGAUCGAGACUCAAAAUCGUCCCGAAUAUCAAGAAGCUCUUACCGAUCUUGUUGAUGUCUUGUCUCGUGUUUCGGAUUAUACUCAAGAGGCCGCUGGUCAUGUUGUUUCAACUACUAAAGGCACCAGUAAUGAUAUUCCAUCACUUAAAAUUGCUCAAGAAAAUGCGAAGAAUCUUAUCGAAAAUUUUGCCAAUAACAAGUCAUUAGAUGAUUUGAUUUGUGCUUUGAAAGAUAUGGGUACACAAAUUAAGAAUCAUGAAGAACUUCAUAAUUACUUUAAAGAACUUCAACAUUUUGUUCUCUCCUCUUUACGUGAUCACGAAUUCGUUGAGCGUACCGAUUAUAGAGAACAUGGCUCGCGUCUCAUUGAAAAUGGUCGUUGUCUCUUGUUAGAUAAUUAUAGGGAUACCACACAAAGGAUCGUUGAUGAAGCAUCCGCCUUUAAUGAUGCUUUACAAGAAGAUCGAACUACUCGACAAUGGGCUAGAGACCUUGAAUGUUUGAUUAGAGAUGUCUUUUUGGACGAGAAUGGUCGCCCGACUAUUAAGUUUGAAUUAGUUAAAGACUUUGGAAAAAUCUUAUCGAUCGUGGCCGAAAAAUUGAAGUUUAUUCCACUGCCACGAUUAGAAAAUUCUGAUGAUAAUUACGAAUAUAGUUUCGAUAAUAUCGUACUUCACGUGUCUGAUAUUCUUCCCAAGCAUCUUCAUAUUAGUUUGACUUCUGAUAUUAAUUUGGAUCGCGAGGCGAACGAUAUUGUGCAGAAUACUGCAGUUUUUGAAAUUUCCAAGCUUCGUGCUGAUGCUCGCAAUAUUGCGUUUUAUUAUAAGAAAAAGGGCGGAAUAAUCCAAAUGCGUGAUGUUGGUUUGGUUGAUUUCGCAAUUCCUGCUGAUGGUUUACGGUAUUACAUGAAACUCUCUUUGGAUCUACCUAACGCAGAUACACAGUUCACACAAUUCCGUAUUCUUGAGGCGGAGACUAAGAUAUCCGAUUUGAAGAUUCGCUUACACGACACGAAACAUGACUUCCUGUACAUGUUACUUACUCCAUUGGCGGAAAAACGUAUUAAACGUCAAGUUGAAAAUGUUGUAACUGAACAGAUGAAGAAAGCAGUUGGAUUUAUUCAAGAACAGAUCGCACGAGUUCAACAACAAAUGGCUGAAAUGCAACAACGCAGAGCUGCUAUGCGAGCUACAUCACCUGAAAGAGACGAAAAGUUAAAAUCUAGGGAAAACUGGAGAACCGAGAACUAUGGUUCAAGGGGUGCUACUAAAUCUUAA